AUGUCACUCUUCGAGGAGCUGUUUGAGGUCAAGGACACCUCGAGGAAGUUCGACCACGUCGGCCGGCUCCACUGCCGGCUGGCCGAGGAGGGCUACGAGCUGCAGCUCGACCUCGACGUCAACUCGGACCUGCUCGACCUGCAACCGGGGGAGCGUUUCGCUCUGCUGCUCACGUCGACGCUCGACCUCGACGGCGCCGCCGACGCUGGCGUCUACGAUCAGUCGGGAAAGCCGUCCCUGCUCGACUCGUACGAGUACGCCAUGUACGGCAAGAUAUUCAAGUGGAAGCAGGACAACAUCAAGGCGCCGAUCGAAGUGCAGAUCUCGUACGGCGGCCUCCUGAUGAGGCUGCGCGGCGACCCGCGGUACUUGCAAAAGCUGACGCUCGACUCGCGCGUCUACUUGCUGCUACGGAAGAUUGUGAAGGACUAG